CUAGAUAACCCAUACACAUACAUACUCUGACAACGAUUUAUUCUUUGCUAGGAAAAAGGUUCGAAACAAACAACAUUCAAACAAACGUACGACUUGGUGUGUAGUGUGUGUGCGUGCCAAAGACGAUCAAAAAGUGAGAAAGAUUGAAAAAAGCUGAACCAAUUCAACAAAAGAAACAGAAAACAAAACAACACAUGCCCAGCAAAGUCCUCCCUGCUCCUCUCUCUCUCUCUCUCUAUAUAUAUAUAUAUAUAGUUUCUCUCUAUUCUGCAAACUGUGUCUUUACCGUUUCAAUUCUUCAAGAAACCAUUGUUUGUGUAAACUGAUCUUAAUUUUUGUAGAAAUUUGCAAAAGGGUUUUGGAGAAUUUUGAGCCAGAUUGUUUGGAGACUGUGUAACAGAGUCCAAAGACUGUUUUCUUGGUGGUGUUUUUGAGUUGGGUUUUGAGAGAUACAGAAUGGGUUUUUGAAUUUUGGUAGAGAGUAAGAAGAUCGGUGAAGAUAAUCAAGAAAUGUUUCCUUUCUCAGAGUCUGUGGCUUUUGGUGGGGGUUUUGAAGUUUGAUGAUUUCUGGGGUUUACGACUCUUGAUUAGGGUUUUUGAGUAAGCCAUCAUUAGGAUUCAAAAUCGCAUAUUUGAAUCUUGAAGAGUAACAUUAUUUGAAGAAUCUCGUUGGAUUGUAUUUGGUCAAUUUGGUUUAAGAAAUUCACAGGAUUAAUCAGUUGGGGUAUAGAAAAAAUAAUAAAUAAAGCACUAUGGUAGCAAAAGACCGGUCAAAUACUACAGACUCUCCUACGGUGGAGGUUGGAGAGAUAGACACCAGGGCACCAUUUCAGUCUGUUAAGGAUGCUGUCAGUUUAUUUGGUGAAGGCGCUUUUUCAGGAGAAAAACCCGCCAUCAAGAAGACAAAACCUCAUUCCGCUGAGAGAGUAUUAGCAACAGAGACACAGCUUCACUUGGCCCAGAAAGAGUUAAAUAAGCUCAAGGAACAACUGAACAAUGCUGAAACUACAAAAGCUGAAGCACUUUUAGAACUCGAAAAGGCUAAAAGGAUAAUUGAGGAUCUAACCCAAAAGAUCGAAACCGUGACUGACUCAAAGGAGACAGCAAUCAAGGCAACAGAUGCUGCAAAAGAUCGGGCAAAGCAACUUGAAGAAACAAGUGGUGGCUAUCCUGUGGUAAGUAAUGGUGCUUGGAAACCAGGCUUGGAAAGUAAAAGAGAACAGUAUGUGACUGCAAUUACUGAACUCGACGCUGCAAAACAAUUGCUAAGGCAAAUUCGUCAGGAUUGUGAUGUAACCCUAGAAGCAAAAGCCGAUGCCUUUAAGCAAGCAAAAGAAGCGGAGCGUGCGGCCAAAGCAAAUGCGGAGAAAGUUGGCGAGAUUUCUAAGGAAAUUACGGCAGUGCAGGAGUCGAUUGGGUUGGUGAAGCUUGCAACGAUGCAAGCCAAGCAAGAACAAGCAAAGAUAUUUGCUUUGAAGGAUGUUCAGAAGCAAUCUUAUAAAGCUACCCUUGAAGAGUCGAUGAGGAAAUUGCUUGCGUUGAAGAGAGAGUUCAAUCCUGGGCUCACCAAAGAUCUCGAGGCCAAGCUGGCUGAAACGGUGACUGAGAUUGGAGCCUUGCAAAAAGAGAUGAGAAAUGCGAAGGAUUCGGAUCUCGAUUCCGUUGAAACUGUUGCUUCAGAGCUGAACGGUGCUAACAGCUCGCUUCGUAAAGUUGCGGAAGAGGAAAGCUCGCUGCGAAGCUCGGUGGAGUCGCUUAAGCUGGAGCUAGAGAAUGUGAAGAGAAAGCGUUCUGAAGUGAAGGAAAUGGAAGCGGAAACAGAAUCUGUAGCGGGGAAUCUGCAUAUCAAGCUCCGGAAAAGUAAGUCCGAGCUUGAAUCAGCCAUGGCAGAAGAAUCCAAAGUAAGAGGUCAUUCGGAAAAAAUGAUCUCAACCCUCAAUGACUUAUCGUCAGAAAGCGAAAAUGCGAGACACGAUGCAGAAGAGAUGAAGAGGAUAGUUGAAGAGUUGAAAAAGGAUGCAGAAGCUUCUAGAAUUGCUCUAGAAGAAACCGAGAAGAAGCUAAGAGUUGCAUUGGAGGAGGCGGAAGAAGCAAAAGCAGCCGAGGCAAGAGCUCUUGAUCAGAUCAAAAUAUUGUCCGAGAGAACUAAUGCGGAACGGGCCUCAAGUUCCGAGUCCAAGGCCUGGAUCACAAUCUCGAGAGAAGAGUUUGAGGCACUGAGCCGGAAAGUUGAGGAAUCGGACAAAUUAGCCGAAAUGAAAGUGGCUGCCGCAAUGGCUCAGGUAGAGGCUGUUAAAGCGAGCGAAAAUGAGAGUCUAAAGAAGUUGGAGGCGACUUGGAAAGAAAUUGAUGAUAUGAAAGUUGCGACUCGGGAGACACUGAAGAGGGCGGAGAUGGCCGAGGCAGCCAAGAAGGCAGUGGAGGGAGAGCUACGAAGGUGGCGCGAAGACAAAAAGAAGGUAGCCGAAGCUGCUUCUCGGAUUCUCGUGGAAACCGAGAUGUCAUCGAAAUCGUCUCCCUGGAUUCAAAAGCAGAAUCCACCCGAGAAAGUCAUGGUUGCCCGGAAGUUGGAAAAAAAGAAAACUUCUGUUCUCGGCGGCGUCUUUCACAGGAAGAAGAAUCAAAUCGAGGGUGGAUCACCGUCUUAUCUGCCUGCUGAGAAGCCUCUGUGAUAUUGUUUGCCAAACUGUUUUGAGCAAUUGAGAAUGGUUGAUAGGAACAAUGCUUAUGCUUUGGUUUUGUACAUUUUUAGUGAAGUGGAAUUAAAUUCUUGUUAUUUUCUUGUUUGUUUUUGGGUAGGGAUAUUGAAUGUGAAAGAGUUAUGGAAGCAAUUGCAAGAGUAGGAAGAGUGACUAGGAUCUAGACAAUUGCUUGGAGAUUUCAGUAUAAAUGAUUUACCUUUUUUUUGGUUUUUUAGA